CAUUCCGCGGGCUAGCGCAUCACCGCGUCGUAGAGAGUUGCGUGGACGUUUUGGGGGUUUAGGAAGAGAGAAAGAAAAAAAAAAGAAGAAGCAGCGUCUCUAUAGCAUGCGUGGGACUAUGAUCAAGAGUGCGCAGCUUAACCCCUUCAAAAAUAUACGUUAUCACAAGCUGCGGAGCGAAAAUGACAGCAGGGGCAGCAGUGCUUCGGAGAAGAAUUUCACCCCUCGCGUUCGACUGUGGCUCAAUUUGGGCCGAACAUGCAACGUGAGUCUCGGAAACCUGGGAAUGGGUCUGAUCACAGCCCUUGCGGGUGUUGCACUUCUCGACUUGGGUGAAAUCUACGGCGCCGACAUUUCUAAUGUUUCUCACCUGAUAACUACGCGCAGCGUUGGAGGCCUGCUUGGAUCUCUGCUAGGAGGCAAGCUGUACGACACCUACAACACUCAAAUCACGUCCAUCCUCAUGCUGUUGUUGACAAGCGUCACGGUGCUGAUGGUUCCACUGUGCCAAGUCCUGCUCGUAGCUCACUUCAUGGUCUUCUUCAUGGGUCUCAGCUUGGGAGCAUUCGGCACGGGGUCCAACGUCUGGAUCAUCAACAUGUGGCCGGAGGACAGCAGUCCGGCGCUUCACAUUUUCCACUUCGCGUUCGCCGUCGGUUCCCUGGUGGCUCCUCUCAUAGCCAGGCCGUUUCUGUCGCCCGGAACCACCUCCUCCGUUGCCCCCGGCAACUCGACCCACUUUCCGUACGAAGCGUCCAACCUCGGCUACGACUUCGAACCGUCACCCAGCGCGACCGGCAACGAUACCUCCAAAGUCUCGACGUCCGACGCGGAGACUCCCGACUACUACGGCUCGGGUCAGAGCACUGUGUACUACGCGUUCGCCAUCGUCAGCGCUUUCUAUUUGUUCCUCGUUAUCUCGAUGACUCUCAUGUACUGCAUCGACAAGUCCGAUUUCAGGCGACAGGCGGCGCGGGGAGCGAAGAGCGACGGAAAUGGAGCGGUCCGGAACGGAAAACCGGAAGGCGACGUCCGCUACAGCCGGAUCUCGUUGGCCCUGCUGAGCGUCUACGAAUGCGUCUACGUCGCGCUCGAAUGCACGACGUCUCAGAUGCUGACAACCUUCGCGGUCAAGAGCAGCUUCUCAAAAGCGGACGCGUCUCGCGUCGCCGCUGUGUACUUCACUUUCUUCGCAGCGAGCCGCUUGGUCGCGGCGAUUGUAGCCUUGAAGGUAUCUUCCCUGCUGACGCUUAUCUUCACUCACGGUAUCCUAUUGACUACGGCGGCGGUGAUGACCGUGUGGUGCUCCGAUAACGCGCUCGUGCUCUGGGUCGGCAGCGCCAUCACUGGGUUCGGCCAAGGGCCCGUCAAGGCGGCGAUCGUCGCCUGGACUGCGGAGUACAUAACCAUCAGCAACAAAAUGAUGUCGGUGGUCGUGGUCACUGGCAGUAUCGGAAACCUAGCGCCGGCGCUUCUCGUGGGACAGUUCAUAGAUCGCGACCCCGCAUCUUUCCUCUACGUGUCCCUGGGCACCGUGUUGCUCUCUUUGGUCAUAUUUCUAGGCAUGUACGCUUACAUGACCAGGAGGGCCACUUCAAGGUCGCGCGCCAGCGUUCAAAUCGCUGCAGAUUCGAAGAAUACGGGGGACACGCCCUUGAUCUAAGCGUUUUGUUCGAUACGCGUCUCCGUUGUAUGCUUGCAGAUAUUCAUAUCAAGUUCAUAUGUUUGCGUAUCUAUUCCAACAUUUAUAUCAUCUUUGGGCACUGGAACACGUUGUAUAAACUUGCCUCUGAAACGUCCUUUAAACACCAUACGCAUUCAUUCAU